CACGUGGGUGGUGGUUGCUACAAAGUUACACCCUAUAGUGGCCAGAAUGGGACAUUUGUAAAAAUAUCCAUCUAAAAAGGAAAGUAUCACAGUUAUCAGAUGUAUUUUAGUAUGUAGUGGCUGGCAUACGUUGUUGAUCGUCGAAUGUUGAGUAUAAACACCCGAACGCAUUUUUUGUGGGAGGAAACCUCCUGUACGCAUGAUGUUGCAUUCACCAAACAACAUACCAUCCAAAAUGUGACGUUGUACUGUACGCUAGCAUUUGGCGUAGUCUUCUACGCACGAUAGUAGCUUUCACUCAAAUGACAUUUAAAUGGCUACACUGUACAGCACUGUAUAUCGGUGCUCAAAAUGUACGAAUAGUAACAUUGUUUCAAUGUACUUUGUAACAAACCGCACUUGAGUCGACUCUGCUCUGCAACCUCAUUGUUAUUUGUACACGAAUCUAUUUGCCCCGACGUUUUUGACACACAUUUGAAAUGAACGAGGAGGAAGACUUUUUGCAGAAAAUAAGGCUGGGGUUUGAAGAACUCUGUCGAGCUUUGAAUAUGGACGUGGAGGCGAGCAACGAAGCAUGGAGGAGUUACGAAAGCAUAAGAAAAAAAUACACAUUAGAGGGCAGUGGCCUACACUGGCUGGCCUGUGCCAUUUAUGUGGCCUGUAGAACACCAGUACCAACAGUGGAUAAGGGUACUGCAGAGGGAAACUACGUCUCCCUGACCCGAAUACUCCGCUGUUCAGAACAAAGCCUCAUUGAGUUCUUCAACAAGAUAAAGAAAUGGCAGGAUAUGGCCAGUCUUCCUCAGGACUUCCGCCACAGCACGGAGAAGCUGGAGAGAAAUUUCACAGUUUCCGCCGUCAUCUUCAAGAAAUACGUCCCCAUCUUCAAAGCCAUCUUUAAGGCGCCCUCGGAUGAACCGCCCAGAGUCCACAGGAGCAGCAAACAGAGACGCCAUCCCUGCACCGUUGCUGAAGUCUUCAACUUCUGCUGGAUUCUGUUUGUCCACGCUAAAGGAAACUUCCCUAUGAUCAGUGAUGACCUAGUGAAUUCGUACCAUCUCCUUCUGUGUGCUCUGGACCUGGUCUUCUCCAACGCCCUGCUCUGUAAUACCAGGAAGGAGCUGCUCAACCCCAACUUCAAAGGCCUUCCUGAGGACUUCAGCAGUAAGGACUACAAGCCCACUGCAGGGCCUUACUGCUUCAUAGAGCAGCUGUGUGAACUGCAUGAUGGCCUGGUGCUGGAGGCCAAAGGUGUGAAGGAACACUUCUGGAAACCCUUCAUCAGUAGACUCUUCCAUAAGAAGAUUCUCAAAGGGAAAGAAGAGAGCUUGACUGGCUUCUUAGAUCCUAUGAAUUUUGGAGACAGUUCUGUGUCCAUAGGCCGUGUGUAUGAGGAGCAUGUUCUGGCCACUGGAGGUCUGGAUGAUAGGAUAUUUUUGGGAGAGGGCACCCCAGGCCCCUGUCUCUGUGAGAACCAGGACGCCUCAGCAUACAGACUCUACAACAGUCAGACUGCCCCAGUCCUGAAGGUGUCCACUUCCUUUACGGGUCGUAAUUAUGUCCAGGACAACAGUCUGUGUAUGCCGGUCUCUACUGCCAUGCAGAGUGUUGGUCGACUACACAGCCUGCUCACUGGACUGAAGCGCGGCCCCAGCCGGAGACUCAAAGACUUACUGAGGUCGUGUGCCAGAGACCCCAGUGAGGUCAUCUCCACUAGGCUGAAGGACAUGUGUCAGCUCUUCUGCCAGCACUAUGAGGGCAACUGGGAAGAGAACGCAGGACUGGGGAAAGACAUCGCAGUGUACUUCUGCCUGGCAGAGGCGCUCUACUAUAAAACCCUGGAGGCCGUCAUUGACCAGGAGAAGAAGAGACUGGGCAACUUGGAUCUCUCUGGUAUUCUGGAACAGGAUGUGUUCCAGCGCUCUCUGCUGGCCUGCUGUCUGGAGAUUGUCAUCUUCUCCUACCGACCCCCAGGGGACUUCCCACGAAUCAUACACAUUUUCCAGCUCCCUGCAUACCACUUUUAUAAGGUGAUAGAGGUGCUGGUGCGGGUGGAGCAGGGUCUGUUCAGGAAGGUGGUGAAGCAUCUGAACCAGGUGGAGGAGCAGGUUCUGGAGAGCCUGGCCUGGAGGGGGGGAUCCCCGCUGUGGGACAGUGUCAGGGGGGCCAAGAACCAACCACCCUCCUGCCAGGAGGUGAUGCCACCACAGCAUCUGGAGGAUGGGGACGGAGCCGCCCCUCUCACCCCCAGCAACCAUGGCACUGACCUGGGCGCCAACCAUGAUGUGUCCACCUCCACCACCACCAUGUUGGACCGCUACAGCUGCCCCACCACGGGCUCGGCCAGGAGACGGCUGUUUGUGGAUGUGUCCUGCGACGCCCCCUCGGACCCCUCCACCACCAACCUCACUACCAACCUCAGGACCUCCCAGGCCAUCCCUGCUGGACAGACUGUGGUCACCAUGGCAGCUGCCACAGUUACCGCUAACAACGGACAGACUGUCACCAUACCUGUGCAAGGAAUAGCCAAUGAGAACGGAGGCAUCACCUUCAUCCCUGUCAAGGUAAGUGUGACGGGACAAGGUACGCUCCAGCCCCUGUCUGCCCAGUCCCUGACUGGCACUUUGACCAGCCAACCACAGACCACCACCCUGAAAAGUCCCACUCUCCAGGGCAGCCACGCCGCCGGCAAGCCAAUCAAGAAGCCGGCAGCCCAUGGCCCGUCCAAUAACGGGCCUCAGAAAAAGAGUUCCCUCUCGCUGUUCUUCCGCAAGGUGUACCACCUGGCCAGUGUGCGUCUCAGAGACAUGUGUGCCAAGCUGGACAUCUCUAGUGAGCUGCGGAGGAAGAUCUGGACGUGUUUCGAGUACUCUCUGGUGCACUACACAGAGCUCAUGAUGGACCGACACCUAGACCAGCUACUCAUGUGUGCUGUGUACGUCAUGACCAAGGUGACCAAAGAGGACAAGUCCUUCCAGAACAUCAUGAAGUGUUACCGCUCUCAGCCCCAGGCUAGCAGCAGCGUCUACAGGAGUGUGUUAAUCUCUGGGAGGAAGAGACGUCACUCAGGAAGCAGUGAGAGAAAUGGACAGAGUUCUCCUACAGAGACCAGCCAUGAGGGAAGUGGAGACAGCAGCCCCGUACCCAUGCGUUCCACCAGCACCCUACCCACCCCUCAGCCUGGCAGCACCCCAUCCACCCCCACCCUGGCCCCCUCCACCCUCCUCUCUACAUCCUCAUCCCUCCCUCCCUCCCAGCAGCAGGAUGAUGAAGGGGGAGUGGUGGUUGGGGGAAGGGUGGAGGAGCGAGGAGACCUCAUCCACUUCUACAACCGGGUCUACAUCAAACAGAUGCGCCACUUUGCCCUGCGCUACUCGCCCAGCUCAUCCUCUGCAGGGCUAGAGUCUCCUCCCCUGUGCCUGUACCCCUCCCUGAGGACCAACUCCCCUCGCAGGGUCCUCCUGUCCCACAACCACUCCAUCUAUAUCUCCCCCCAUAAGGCUAGUGACAGCCCACCCACCGCUACCGCACAGGACAAGAUAUUCUACUACAUCUGCAGCGGCCCAGCCAACCGCCUGGCGGAGAUCAACAGUAUGAUCCGCACCGGGGAGACGCCCACCAAGAAACGCAGUAUGCAGCUGGAGGAGGAGCCAUCUCCCAAGAGGUUGUGUCCGGACAACCAGACAGCCCUCUUCCACAGGCUACAAGAUGUGGCCAACGAUCGUAGCUCCUCCCACUAAGGUUGAACACACCCCUUUCAGAACACACCACUGACUGAAGUCGGUAGUCACCAUGGCAACAUCAUCAAUAUCAAAAAUUGAUGAGGAUACAUUUGUUUUUCAUAAAGGAUAAGAUCUUCUAGUCUAAGGUUAGUAUGAUGGUUUAAUUUCAGAGUUAUCCUAGUGGUUGGUAGUUAAACAUUUUAUGUUACACAGAUUUUAUGUUACUUCCGUCUAUUCUAGCAUGGCCAGAUUGUGUCCCUUAACACCAUAUUUUUCUAUAUACACCGAGUGCACAAAAUAUUAGGAACACCUCCUAAUGUUGAAUUGCACCCCCCAUUCUGCCCUCAAAACAGUCUCAAUUCAUUGGGGCAUGGACUACAAGGUGUCGAAAGCAUGGCUGAUGUUGCCUCCAAUGCUCCCCACAGUUGUAUCAAGUUGGCUGGAUGUCCUUUGGAUGGUGGACCAUUCUUGAUACACACAGGAAACUUGAGAGUGAAAAUCCCGGUGGCGUUGCAGUUCUUGACACACUCAAAGUAGUGCGCCUGGCAUCUACUACCAUAACCCACUCAAAGGCACUUCAAUCCAUGUCUCAAUUGUCUCAAUGCUUAAAAAUCCUUCUUUAACCCGUCUCCUCC